AUGAAAUCUCAUAGUAUACUUGUCUUCAGUUAUAAAGACAAAUCUCUCCCAGAUUUACAACCGUUCUUCAGUUACUCUGGCAAGUUCAUCCGCUACAGAAGAACACAGAGUUACUGCGGCGAGCAUGCCACGCCUCCUUCUUCGUCCUCGCAUAAAAACCAGCCGCGAGAAGACCAAACGUCACAAGCUCUCGCCGACGCCAAACGCUGCCGGAAUUCAGAGAGACCUGCCGCCGCCGUUGAUCCCAUCGCCACUGUCCGUGAAGCCGAGCCCUCCGUUGACCACCGUAGAGUUUCACCUGUGAGAAGGAGUCGACGUGAUCGAGUACCGAGUCGUCGCCUCUUCGAUUCCGCCGUCACAGACCACCACCGUCACCGAUCUACUGCUCCGAGUCACCGUCGUCGUCUCUGA